AUGGCGAUGGGGAAGUCGGGGAAGCUGCGCUCCGGGGUGGCCGGAAAGGUGAAGCGAUGGAAGAAGGGGCACAGCAGUGACAGCAAUCCCGAGAACCGGAGACACCGGGAGGCCGCGAGGAGCCGAUUCUUCAGCCGGACCUCCGGUAAAAGUGACCUGACGGUAGACGCUGUGAAGCUCCACAAUGACCUGCAGUCGGGUUCCCUGUCCAUACAGAAGAGGCCGGAGGAGCAGAUGGAGGACGAGGAGGAAAUGGCCAUCACACAGAAAUCCGGAGCCUCCUUCCUCAGCGGCCUCUCCGACUGCACCAAUGUCACCUUCGGCAAAGUCCAGAGAUUUUGGGAGUCCAACUCAGCCGCUCACAAGGAGAUCUGUGCGGUGUUGGCUGCAGUAACAGAAGUGAUUCGCUCUCAGGGAGGAAAGGAGACAGAAACCGAAUACUUUGCUGCUCUGGUGAGC